AUGCAUAUUUAUUUCCAAAGACCGGAAAACCAUAUGAUGCCAAUCAGUUGGUAUCUUGGAUAAAAGAGAGGAAAGAGAUUGUUAAAGUCAAUAUACUUGUAAAAAUCUAACUACCAACGAGUUGGCGCCUGUAAAAUUUCUGAGAGACAUGCUUUGACUAAAGCAGGUUCGAGUCUCCAAUGUGAAUAUGGGGGCUGUUUAUGGUUUUUCUCAUGCUUCUGCUUUUUCUGCCCAUAUCCUCCUUUGUCAGGCUCUGUAGCCUUUAAUCAGUUCUCUUGUAUAUAGUGCUGUAUUUGUGCUUUACCGGGAUGAUGAUUAUGUCAACAGUAUUCUGAAAUCACUAUGUAUUGUAUUCAAGUACAGAAAUCCACUGUGCCUAUACAGAAAAGGCUGUGUAUUGUAUGUUUUUGUUAUAUUUCAUCUACCGGUCAUAGAAAAGGCUAUGAAACCGAACUCUUACUUUUCAUUCUCUGAGAAUGAAAUGGAUGAAUGGUAUUUUGAAACCAUUUUUGGUGUUGUCUUUCUCGACAAUAUUAUAAUCACUACAAUUUGACUCUAAACGAUUCAUUCGCAUUUUCCAUCUUCAUGGCAACACUAAUCCGCAGAAUUCAGUUCAAUUCAACACACUGGAUUCGAAUAUAGUUCUCCGUCUGCUUCAAUGUCAUCAACUAGACUCGCUAGCCAGCCACCUGCCCAUCAACAAGCAGAUCCUCCGAUACCAUCCAAAUCUAAUACUCCUGUUGUAGCACAUUCUUCUCCCCUGUCUUCUCCCGCACCUUCAAACUCAUCAUCACAUGCACAGAGCGUUGUGUUGCUUCCGCCUACUGUGACACCCACUCCACCUCCAGUUAGGCCCAUUUCGCCCUCUUUUAGACCUACUUCUCCCGCCUUUCCUCCUCCUGUAUUGAUACCUUCCACUUCAUCUCCUCCACCUAGUCCCUCAAAAGCUUCCCCUCCUGCCUCUGAUUUCGAGUCUCCCUCCCCUGCGCAGGCUUCCACAAGUGUUCCUUCUAGACAUUCUUCCUUACCACCAUCAUCAAAUGAUAUCCCUUCUCCUCAUUCUUCAUUACCACCACUGCCAAUUGCAGUGCCAUCUUCGCAUCGACCCCUCAGAACUCCAACUGCAAGCUUCCCAUCAUUAGCUCCCCAUCUCAGCACAAGACCCACUUACCCACCUGAUCCAAACUCUGGUGUUUCGUCGAUAACCUCCCACUCUGCCCCAUCUAUUCCUAAUCCCUUUGUUCAUCAUCCUCCUCCCACCAAAUCUUUUCCCCCAUUCUCCAAAUCACCUUCAGGCGUUGUGUCUCCUUCACAACUGUCUUUUCCAGCAACUAGGCCUUCACCAUUGCCUGUAACAGCAACAUACAAGCACAAACAUGGUGGCAUUUCUCCCCAAGUCAUUUUUGGAAUAGUAGUUGGUGGUUUAAUUUUUCUUUCUGUAGUUGGCUUUCUUAUUUGGGUUUCAAAGAAGAGGAGGAGAGUUCACCACGGAGAGAAUUACUUUGGGCCCUUUUCUGGAAGCUUCUCUUACAAACCAGGUAGAUUGAAUAAUUCUCAGAGCUGGCCAAGGUCUGACUUCUCUCCGUCAUCAGUUCAAUCUCCAAUCGGGCCCUUCACACCCCACCCUCCUCCAAUUCAAGUUUGUGAAAAUGGCCACAAUGGUAAUCAUGUUUCUCAGGCUGGAGAUUUGCUUGGAGCCCUACAGCCCAUGAAUGAAACACCUAGGCACGGAUGGGGCAAUUUGAGAUCUAUGUUUACAUAUGAGCAAUUGGCAGUAGCAACAAAAGGGUUUUCCAAAGAGAAUUUACUUGGAGAGGGUGGUUUUGGCUGCGUUUAUAAAGGGUGCUUGCAGGAUGGACGGGUAGUUGCAGUUAAACAGCUCAAAGUGGGAGGUGGGCAAGGAGAACGUGAAUUUCAAGCCGAGGUGGAAAUUAUUGGUAGGGUUCAUCAUCGGCAUUUGGUUUCUCUAGUGGGUUAUUCCGUAGCAGACAGUCAGCGGCUUCUUAUCUAUGAUUAUGUUCCAAAUGGCAACCUUGAACAACAUCUCCAUGGAAAAGGAAGAGGUGUGCUGGAUUGGGCAACUAGAGUCAAGAUUGCUAUAGGAGCUGCCCGGGGAUUGGCUUAUCUCCAUGAAGAUUGCUAUCCUAAGAUCAUUCAUCGGGAUAUCAAGUCAUCCAACAUUCUGUUGGAUAACAAUUUUGAAGCUCAGGUCUCAGAUUUUGGACUUGCAAAAUUAGCAACCGAUACAUAUAACCAUGUAACAACACAUGUUGUGGGAACUUUUGGAUAUCUGGCUCCAGAAUAUAUAUCAAGUGGAAAAUUCACAGAACGAUCUGAUGUAUACUCAUAUGGAGUUUUAUUAUUGGAGCUUGUGACUGGGCGAAGACCUGUUGAUGCAUCACAUCCUGCUGGAAGUGAGAGCUUGGUUGAAUGGGCUCGGCCUCUAUUGGACCAUGCACUUGACGAUGGAAACUUUGAAGGUCUAGCUGAUCAUGAGCUAGAAAAUAAUUUUGAUAGGGAUAAGAUGUUCCGUAUGUUAAAAGUUGCAGCUGCAUGCAUUUGUCACUCUGCUCAAAGGCGCCCACGGAUGGGACAGGUGGUUCGGGCAUUGGAAGGUGAUUCUGGAGACCAUGACCUGAAUAAUGGUGUGAAACCAGGCCAUAGUGGUCAAUAUGAUUAUCCCGAACUUUCAUCAUUUGUCAGGACAUUUCGUAUGAUGGCUUUUGGUGAUCAAGAAUUGGAUACUGGUUACAGUUUUCGCACUGAUGAAUACAUCCUCAAUCCUUCUGUUUCUAACAGUGAGCUCCAACGAAGCAAUGUGAAUGAAAGCAGACCCUCAAGAUAUACAAUGGCAGAAUCUCAUUUGCCAUUGUUUGGUCCAUAUGAUGAACACAAAAGUGUUGGGGAACUUGAAAUACAGGCUAUUAAUAGGCCUCGUUCUCUCCUGGAUGACAAUUGGUAAAUUAUUGGGCAUCAUUUCACCUAUUGGUUUGGUUGAACUCAGAGAAUGUGAAGGAGGAGGCUGUUCUUCUGCAAUUUUUUAUCAGCCCUUAACUGCGGGAGUCUUCCCCCUGAGCAUUGAUAUCAUUGUUUGUAACUUUAUCAUCUAUUUUUCAAUCACUCGAUUGUAUUCAAUUGAGAGUAGCAACAAAACUAAACAAUAAUAAAAUUCUUAGUUGCCUGAUA